UUCGCAACCGGAUGCUUUUGUCGCUGAUGCCGGACGUGAUGAAAACAACACAACGCGCUAUCUGUCUGGCAAACUAGCUACUUCACUUGCAUUUUCUACAAAUGUCUAAAAUAAAAUUAUUGAGGGUUUUCCUCAACGAGAGAUUAACAGCUGCUGCUGAGGAGAUAUUAGGGGUUGUUGAAAAAACUAUUGCAGAGUAUGAGGAGGAAGUGUUCCGUCUACAGAGUCUGCUCGACAUUGACAUUGUUCUUCAACCUGAGAUAAACCUACACAGAACAGAUGUCCAGCAGCUCAAUCUCUCUGUCUCUGAAGAGGAGGUUCCCCCUGAGCAGCAGCAGUGUGAGCAGGAGUGGAGCCCACGUCUGGGACAGGAGGACCCAGAGCCCACACAGAUUAAAGAAGAGCAGGAGGAACUCAGGACCAGUCAGGAGGAAGAGCAGAUUCAAGGGCUUGAGGCAGAUGCCAUAGAAUUCAUAUUCAAUCCUGUCUGUGUGAAACGUGAUCGUGAUGAAGACCCAACUCAGCCCUCACCUCUCUAUCAAGCCCAAAAGGAGGGAAACGGAGAGAGAGACACUCUACCCAGUACUACAACUGAAAAUAUCAAAACAGAACCUGAUGGAGAGGACUACAUAGAAUCAGAACCAACCAGUGUCUCUCAGCCUUUCUCUACAGUAAAUCCAGACUGUUCUGCAGUUCAGAGUGAAAACAGGCAAAGUGUCAGUGGUAGGGAGACUGGAGGACCUCCUUCUUCAGGUUUUAAGUCAGUCAAAUCAAAAAUAACAAAGAUGGUAAAAGGACAAAUGUCCCAUAUCAAUAGUAAGGGUAAGAGAUCUACACAGUUGUCCCUCCUGAAAUCAUCCAGUCAAAGUAAUUCUACUCCCUGUUGUAAGUUGUGUGGCAAGUCUUUUCAUCAAAUGGGUUCAUUAAUUAAACACGUGCAAACUCAUAAAGAUAAAGAAGGUAUUUGUGGUGUUUGUGGUAAAUGUUUUCAGUCCACAGAAAGUAUGGAAGGUCACUUCCAAACUCACAUUACAGCUAGUUUUUGUUGUGAUGUUUGUAGUAAAGGGUUCAGCAAGAACAGUAAGCUGAUAGUGCACAUGAGAAGCCACACUGGGGAGACUCCAUUUCGAUGUUGUCAUUGUAGCAAAGGAUUCAAACAGAAUGGAAGUCUAAAAAUACACAUGAGAAUUCACACCGGAGAGAAACCUUUUUCAUGCCCUAUUUGUUGCACAUGUUUCAGUCAGAAUGGAGAUCUAAAAAUACACAUGAGGAUUCACACAGGGGAAAAACCAUAUAGCUGUUGUCAUUGUGGCCAAGGAUUCAACCAGAAGGGAAAUCUAAAAACACACAUGAGGACCCACACAAGAGAGAAACCUUAUCGCUGUCAUGAUUGUGACCAAGGAUUCAGCACUGGCAGCGCUCUGAAAAGACACAUUAUGAUUCACACAGGGGAGAAGCCUUUUUGCUGUCCUGAUUGUGGAAAAACAUUUAAUCGGAGUGGACAUGUAAAAUUACACAUGAGGACCCACACAGGGAAUAAAUAAUAUUGCCAUUUGUGGCAAAGGAUUCAGCACUAGUGGCCUUCUGAGAUUAAAAACAUUUGGAUUCAUACUGGAGAGAAACAGUAUCCAUAGUGACUGUGGUAAAGGAUUCUGCACUGGCACCAAUCUGAAAGUGCCCUUAAGGACUCAGAGGAGAGAAUAGAUACCCUCAAUUUAGAAAAUUAUUUCCCCAAUCAGGUACGUUAAAUAACAAUCGGACACAAUGAGAAAACACUUUCAUUUAAAAUUGAUAGAACUGUCACUAGAGGGAGAACUUAACUGUGUGCUGUUUGGGGAAAGGUCUGGAGACCGAAGAUUGAGAGUCGAUGUCUCAGAACACUACUCGUGGGUGAAUAAGAUAUGACGGAAUUACUGCUUGAAUUUAAGAACUCCAUCACUAUCUAACAGAGAGCAGUUGUUAGUUAUAGGAUGACAAGACAUUUGGGAAACUCCUCCCUUUGUACUUAAACAUUUUUGUUUUUGAAAUCUUAUACAUUAUGUACACUGAGUGUACAAAACAUUAGGAACACCUGCUCUUUCCAUUAAAUAGACUGACCAGGUAAAACCAAGGUGAACGCUAUGAUGCCUUAUUGAUAUCACUUGUUAAAUCCACUUCAGUGUAGAUGUUUUGUAUACUCUAUGCUUUGACGGACUAGCGCUCUCGUGAAUAAACAUUUUGACUAAAUAGCUGGGCCUCCGUCUGUUUCAUUCAACCAGUAUCUUACAAAUUCUGGGUUGCAGACUGAGUAGUUUAAUUGAAUUGGGUUUUGAAUAUUGAGAACAUAAUUCUUGUGACACAGACGUAGUUUCUCUGUCCUGGCGAUGCAGAGAAAACCCAGCCAGCUCUAUAUUAUACGUGUCGUUGUUCAGUCACAACUUGGUGAAACAUAAUACACUGCUCAAAAAAAUAAAGGGAACACUAAAAUAACACAUCCUAGAUAUGAAUGAAUGAAAUAUUCUUAUUAUGUGCUGACAAAAUCACACAAAAAUUAUCAAUGGAAAUCAAAUUUGAGGUCUGGAUUUUGGGUCACACUCAAAAUUAAAGUGGAAAACCACACUACAGGCUGAUCCAACUUUGAUGUAAUGUCCUUAAAACAAGUCAAAAUUAGGCUCAGUAGUGUGUGUGGCCUCCACGUUCCUGUAUGACCUCCCUACAACGCCUGGGCACGCUCCUGAUGAGGUGGUGGAUGGUCUCCUGAGGGAUCUCCUCCCCGACCUGGACUAAAGCAUCCACCAACUCCUGGACAGUCUGUGGUGCAACGUGACGUUGGUGGAUGGAGCGAGACAUGAUGUCCCAGAUGUGCUCAAUUUGAUUCAGGUCUGGGCGGGCCAGUCCAUAGCAUCAAUGCCUUCCUCUUGCAGGAACUGCUGAUGUGACAGGUUAAAGGAAAUAUUCAUAGCCUGUUAUACAUUAAAAAGUAUUAGUAAGUUCAUAGUAUGUGAGGAUCUUAAAACAUCUCACGUUAAAAAGAUGCAUUCAGUAUUAGUUGAUAGAGAUUGAUAACAUUCAUAUAAUUGUGUUAAAGUUCAAAUCUGUCAAAGGGUACGAAUUGUGAGAGUAAUGUGUAAACGUUAUAUUGAUUACUUUAUUUUGUGGUGCCUAAAAGUGUUAAUCUGUGAUCUACGAAAUGCUCUUAAUCUAUGAGCCAGAGAUCGAUUGCUCUGGUCUCCACCCAUAUUCCUGGGGAAAAUCGCAGUCUUUUCUCAUUGAACUUAAAGUCGAAUUGAGAAAACAACACCGUAUCACUCUCGUGAUUAUUUCUCCCCUGUUUUCAGGGGUGUAACACUGACACACUCCAGCCAUAUGAGGUGUAGCAUUGUCUUGCAUUAGGAGGAACCCAGGGCCAACCGCACCAGCAUAUGGUCUCACAAGGGGUCUGAGGAUCUCAUCUCGGUACCUAAUGGCAGUCAGGCUACCUCUGGCGAGCACAUGGAGGGCUGUGCGGCCCCCCAAAGAAAUUCCACCCCACCCCACACCAUGACCGACCCACCGCCUAACCGGUCAUGCUGGAGGAAGUUGCAGACAGCAGAACGUUCUCCACGGCAUCUCCAGACUCUGUCACGUGCUCAGUGUGAACCUGCUUUCAUCUGUGAAGAGCACAGGGCGCCAGUGGCGAAUUUGCCAAUCUUGGUGUUCUCUGGCAAAUGUCAAACGUCCUGCACGGUGUUGGGCUGUAAGCACAACCCCCACCUGUGGACGUCGGGACCUCAUACCACCCUCAUGGAGUCUGUUUCUGACCGUUUGAGUAGACACAUGCACAUUUGUGGCUUGCUGGAGGUCAUUUUGCAGGGCUCUGGCAGUGCUCCUCCUUGCACAAAGGCGGAGGUAGCGGUCCUGCUGCUGGGUUGUUGCCCUCCUACGGCCUCCUCCACGUCUCCUGAUGUACUGGCCUGUUUCCUGGUAGCGCCUCCAUGCUCUGGACACUACGCUGACAGACACAGCAAACCUUCUUGCCAUAGCUCGCAUUGAUGUGCCAUCCUGGAUGAACUGCACUACCUGAGCCACUUGUGUGGGUUUGUAGACUCUGUAUCAUGCUUCCACUAGAGUGAAAGCACCGCUAGCAUUCAAAAGUGACGAAAACAUCAGCCAGGAAGCAUAAGAACUGAGAAGUGGUCUUGUCACCACCUGCAGAACCACUUCUUUAUUGGGGGUGUCUUGCUAAUUGCCUAUAAUUUCCACCUGUUGUCUAUUCCAUUUGCACAACAGCAUGUGAAAUUUAUUGUCAAUCAGUGUUGCUUCCUAAGUGGACAGUUUGAUUUCACAGAAGUGUGAUUGACUUGGAGUUACAUUGUGUUGUUUAAGUGUUCCCUUUAUUUUUUUGAGCAGUCUAUAUUACAGUUUUUAAUGUCCCGUUGGUAGGAUAGUCUUAAUCGUAGAUUACCAUUUUAUUUUCCAAUGAUUGCACGUUGGCCAAUAGAACGGAUGGUAGUGGAGGUUUACUCACUCGCCUACGAAUUCUCAAAAGGCAGCCUGACAUUCGCCCCCUUUUUCUCUGUAUUUCUUUCACGCAAAUGACGGGGACUUGGGCCCGUUCUCGAGAAAGCUGAAUUUUCUGUAAAGGGCUUCCUUCAUUUCAAUCUGUUAUUUAGGAUAGUAUUGUAGAGUAACUACAAUGUUGUUGA